AUGGCAGAUAUAUCAUCAAUAAUAGAAAAUAAAAGUCUUGAUCAAUUUUAUCCAAAUGUUUUAUCAAAAGAACCAAGUGUUCGUUUAGAAUGUUUUUCUAUACUUGAAAAUUAUUUAUCUGACAUAAAUAAUCCAAUUGAUUGUGAAGAUUUAACGGGUUUCAUUAAUGGAUUGCUUAAAUGGAUUGAGGGCAGUAAUUAUCGAAUUUCUUAUAAUGGUCUUCGAAUAGUAGAAUUAUUAAUUGAAAGAUUAGAUACAAAUGAAUUUGAACAAUAUCUUGAUAAUGUUUUAUUAGUAACAGUAGAUCGAUUGGGUGAUGGAAAAGAUCAAAUUCGAGAAGCAGCUAGUCAUCUUCUCUUCAAACUAAUGAAGAAAUUUACUGCAAAACGUAUUUGGGAUUUAAUACAACCAGUAUCAUUUGAAAAUAAACAAUUUCGUAUAAAAGAAGAAAGUCAACGAUUAUUAAUACGAACAUUAAAUGAGUUUGGUGCAUCAACAAUUCAAUUGAAUAAACUUGUUCCAUUGAUUUGUAAACUUGUAUCGGAUUCAAACGGCACUGUACGUCAACAAGCAAUUGAUACACUUGUAGAAAUCUAUCGUCAUGUUGGUGAAAAAGUUCGUGGUGAUAUAGCCAAACGAGACAUACCAGAAGCCAAAUUAAAACAACUUUACGAUAAAUUCGAUGACGUUGUUGCAAGCGGUCGAAUGAUUGCUAAAACGUCUGAUUCAACAGAUGGUAAUACUUCAGCUUCUUUAGCCAACGGUAAGAAAAAGAGUUUUAAUAAGAUUAUGUAUAACUGA